AUGGCCAUGCAGGCAGUGGACCUUACAUCACCUUCCCCAGCUCCAACAAAAUUUAACUUUGGCUGGACUCAAUCCCAUACCACAGAGCAGCCGGCAGUUCCGGCACGCCCAGCGGCAGUCGACUCAGAGCCUGCACCAUCUUCCCCAGCUCCCAUAACAUUCAAUUUUGGCUGGACUCGGUCCAUUGCCACAGAGAAGCCGCCGGUCCAGGCAUCUCAACCAUUCAACUUUGGAAUGAAUGUGGAGAGUGAGAUUCCACCCUCACUGCCCUUGCCGCAGGAUGUCUGGCACAACCGCUGUAGCUUUUCCAACACUCCCGACAAUGGAGUGCCAGUGUCGGUGAUACCUCUCAAGAGAGCCAUAUCUCCACCACUGCCCUCAACUCCUCCUCAGGCACCGGUGGCCAAACAUACAGCCAAGUUCAACUUCGGCUGGAAGGAGCCACCUUCAACAACAGCAGCUGUUGCUACCCAUGUUGGGUUUGACCAUAAUAAUAAAUCAUUCCAGUUCGGUUGUAAGGUCCCUCUGGCAAAGGUAGGGGAAUGGACACUGGCGCCUAUUACAGCCGCUGUGCCACAAGCUGCACUGGUGCCGAUGGUAAGACUGGCGCCUAACAUAGCCGCUGUGCCAGAGGCAGCAUCGGCUCCUGAGCCAGACCCUUACAUGCCCAAGGCCUUGCUGAACUGGGAGGGUGCUUUCCCCGCUGCCAAACAACGGAAACUCGAUUCCACCAGUCAAGUGAUCCGCCAAGGCACCAUCAGAGGCCUUAUCGGUGAUGCUGAGAAGGCUGCCAUUGACAUUGUGAAAUGGCUCAAUGGGGAUGAAUUUGAUCGACUCGCCCAAACAAUGCUGGGUAGCCUCAUUAGGCCUGGCGAUGAUGUACGAGAUCCCACGCCGGAAGAUGUCUUGGACAGCAACCGCGCUGUAUUAUCGGUGUUCUGUGAGUCCAGAGAUCGGUUGACUAGGAUCUUCAAAGAUCUUAUCACCCUUCAUCAUGCAUCUGAGCACCACAUAUGCCAGCUUUCGUUCAUGGACUCUCUCGCAAAUGAGGUUGAGACAGCAGAGAGGACCGCCGGUAAUCCAUAG